CAGACUUGCCUAGCGCCUCAGCCUACCCACAGGGAUUCCCUCUCCAGCCAAUCGCGUCUGAGCAACGGUACUGCCCCUAACAAAGAUGGCGGGAGAGGCCUCCAUGGGGGCAGGCUGAUUUAACAUCCAGACCCAGGGCGGCUAGGGAAGACAGCGGUAGCGGAGCGGCCCGGCCAUGGAGGAGGGCGGCAGCGGCGGCAGCGGCGGCAGCGACAGCAGCACCAGCGGGAGUGGUGGGGCGCAGCAAAGGGAGCUAGAGCGCAUGGCUGAGGUCCUGGUCACCGGGGAGCAGCUACGGCUCAGGCUGCAUGAAGAAAAGGUGAUUAAAGAUAGGCGACAUCAUCUCAAAACCUACCCAAAUUGCUUUGUCGCAAAAGAACUGAUCGACUGGCUGAUUGAGCACAAAGAGGCUUCCGAUAGAGAGACCGCAAUCAAGCUCAUGCAGAAGUUAGCUGACCGGGGCAUCAUUCAUCAUGUGUGUGAUGAGCACAAGGAAUUCAAGGACGUCAAACUCUUCUACCGCUUUAGAAAGGAUGACGGCACCUUCCCGCUGGACAAUGAAGUGAAGGCCUUCAUGAGGGGACAGAGGCUGUAUGAGAAGCUGAUGAGCCCUGAAAACACUCUGCUGCAGCCCAGGGAAGAGGAAGGGGUCAAGUAUGAGCGCACCUUCAUGGCAUCUGAGUUCCUGGACUGGCUGGUCCAGGAAGGCGAGGCCACCACAAGGAAGGAGGCUGAGCAGCUCUGCCACCGGCUCAUGGAGCACGGCAUCAUACAACAUGUGUCCAACAAGCACCCAUUCGUGGACAGCAACCUUCUCUACCAGUUCAGAAUGAACUUCCGGCGGAGGCGCAGACUGAUGGAGCUGCUCAAUGAAAAAUCGCCCUCGUCUCAGGAAACCCAUGACAGCCCCUUCUGCCUGAGGAAGCAGAGCCAUGACAAUCGGAAAUCUACCAGUUUUAUGUCCGUCAGCCCCAGCAAGGAGAUCAAGAUCGUGUCUGCCGUGCGGAGGAGUAGCAUGAGCAGCUGUGGGAGCAGCGGCUACUUCAGCAGCAGCCCCACCCUGAGCAGCAGCCCCCCGGUGCUCUGCAACCCCAAGUCCGUGUUGAAGAGACCCGUAACUUCGGAGGAACUCCUGACUCCCGGGGCUCCGUAUGCAAGGAAGACAUUCACGAUUGUCGGUGAUGCCGUGGGUUGGGGCUUUGUGGUACGAGGAAGUAAGCCAUGCCACAUCCAGGCCGUGGACCCCAGUGGCCCAGCAGCGGCAGCGGGAAUGAAGGUCUGUCAGUUUGUCGUCUCCGUAAAUGGGCUCAAUGUGCUGCAUGUUGACUACCGGACGGUGAGCAAUCUGAUUCUGACGGGCCCUCGGACGAUCGUCAUGGAAGUCAUGGAGGAGUUAGAGUGCUGAACAGGUGGACAUCCCGGCCCUUCAGUGGCCUGAGGAUGAUCGAAGCCAGGAUAACACAAAGCAAUGCAAUGACAAGACUUCCACGCACACAGAUGGUUUUGGAUGCACAAAAUUUCUCCAUACAUACACAUCUUGAUUUGCAUUUCAUACACUGUUUGAAUGUGGAAGAACCAGGUAGAUCAUCUUUAAAAAAAAAAAUUAUGUCCGUGUAUAAAAAAGUUCAGAAAUGAAAUUUCCUUACGUAGUAGAAUUGCCUUACUCAGGUUCCAUUUGUAGUUCUCAGCCAUUGUUUUUUAUCUUGGUUUGCCUAAAGUUGUUGAAAUGCUUCUCUGGCCAAAACAGCAACAUGCUAAAAUCCCCUCCUAGGAUUCAAUGGAGUAGUUGUUACAGAUUUUAAAUUGUUCUCUUACCAAAAUGAACCUGGAACUCUUUAUGGAAAGAUCUGGAUUUCACCAAGCUUCAAAUUAAAGCAACAUCCAGAGGAAUAUUACCCGUUAACUAGCAUUUUGAAGAGGUUCUAAAGCAUUCAAGUGCUUAAAAGCCAUUGAAAAAAAUGACUUUUUCUUAAUUCCUCCUUUAGUAUCAAUUUCUAACCUAUGUUUUCAUUUAUGGCAUUCAUUAGAAAACAAAAACCUUGUGAUGAAUAUAGAUGGGAUACAUAGGGGGAUACUACUUCUGAUUAUUUGCUCUGAUUUCUCUUUCUGAGCCUAAAUAAUUUUGUCUUAUCAAUCAGCUACAGAAGCUUUCUAGAAUUAAUCCAGAAUAUGAUGAAUGUCAAAACAGAGGAAUUUGUAUAUACACAUAUCAAGCCUCUGGCAAGAUUUCACAUUGAAGUUGUCCCUUUUUAAAUGAAGUAUUCUAGAGCUUGGCCCAUAUGUGAUAAAAACUUGAAAUUAAAUUGCCUUGUUGGCCUGAAUUUUUACUAGCUUUCUAGUGUAACAUAUUCUAAGGAAUGACAUGUCCUGCUUCUUUGGCGGGAUUAUUUUUCACCAAAACAUCAUCUUGUGUUGUCAUUUUUCAGCUCACUGUAUAUAUGCAUGUUUCUUUUUUUUUUUUUGGUUUAGAAAAGAAUGCAUUUGGGGGCUUGGUGUAUCGAGGAAAUUCCUCAAAGUGCCAAAUUAGAUAGUCAGGGAAUGCCAAAUUCUUGAUUUCAUAUAAUGCAUUCUGAACAACCAGGUUACUUUCUUAUCACGUAUUAACAAUGAAAUAUGAAUGUUGUACCUCAGCCAUUCUUUUUGUGAUAGGUUAUCUUAAUGUGUUGGUACUAGUAAAAUGGACAUAUCGUGCUACAGAUGUUACAUAUAUAUGUUUCUGGUAAUCCAGCUUUUCUGAUCUUAGCUUUAGUCAGAGAAUAGGAUUUUGAAGUAAUAUAGAAUGUCUAACGUUAGUACCGUCAAUCUCCAUUUGGGAGCUAGUAGCGAUUCUGUGUGUAUGUGCGAUUAUACUGUAUGCCAGGCUUUGUGCUAUGGCACUUAAUGUAUGUGAUCUCAUUGAAUCUCCAUCAGAAUCCUCCAAGGGACACCUGAGUGGCUCAGUGGGUGAAGCAUCUGCCUUUGGCUCAGGUUAUGAUCCCGGGGUCCUGGGAUCAAGCCCACAUCACGCUCCUUUCUUGUCGGGGUGCCUGCUUCUCCCUCUUCCUGCCGUCCCACCCGCUUGCGCACACCUGCUCUCUCUCUGACAAUAAAUAAAUAAAAUCUUAAAAAAAAAAAAAAAACCUCCAAGAAGGGUAUUAUCACCCUCAUUUCUCAGAUUUGGAAACUAAGUGUAAGCAAACUUCAACAUCCGUGUUCUCACUGCUGCAAGAUCUGCUAAGAUUCAAACAUGGGUUUGUUUAAUGCUAGAGCCCAUGUUACCGCCCCUCCCCCAGCCUUUCCCCAUUUAGGGACAUACUGUUGCGGGGUUAUUUUAUACCCAGCGCUGUGCUAAAACUAUACAUCACUUAUUCCUCCUGACCCAUGAGGUUCAAUAUCGCCAUUAUCUCCAUUUUACAGCUGAGGAAGCUGAUUCAUACAGAGAUUAGUCAUGUGCCUGAGGCCACACAACUAGUGAGUGGGAGACCUUAUGAUUCAGCUCAGAAAGUUCUUAGGACGUCUUUAAAAGACAAGUCUUAGAUGCUGCCUCUGUUCAGGUGUUCAUUAAAUUCAAAAGAAGGAGGACCACCUUUGUCGAUGGCAUCUUCUUCUUGCCUGCCAUCUGUACUUUGUACUCAUGUCCUAAUGCCUAUCGUCUUGGGUCCUGGCAUAGUAUCACUUCCCUUUAACCAAUCUAAGCCCCAGAAAAGCAUCUGUCUUUCUUUACUCCGUUCAGCUUCCUGCCAGUGGAAUUUCUUUGAUUCAGAGUUUAUUGAUGUCUUCGGUCAAAUGAAUAUGAAGGGAAGAAGAGGAGGAAAGAAGGAAGGAAAGAAAGGAGGGAGGAACUAUUUCUUCCUUUGGCUCCCAUCACCCUCAGAUUAAAGGCCAAAUGCCAGAGAAUUCUAGUUAAGUUCAAGAGAGCUUUGCCUUAGCUACUCCUCGGCAACCCUCCACCCUGACAUCCUUACAUGGUAAUGAAAGUGAGUGCUCCCAUUCCCAUCGGGACACUACUGAGCUCCCUCCAGCCUUUCCACAUAAGCUUCUCCUCUCUGAAAUAUGACCUCUCUGUCUUUGCCUGGAGAAAUCUAAGUAACUCCCCUUAGAUACUAUUUUCUCUGAGAAAUCUUUGCCAGCUCCCCACUUCUGGGCUUGACUCCCCUUGUCUAAAUUCCCAUGGCCCCUUAUGCAUCAAUGCCCUAUGUUUACAGCACUGAUGAUAUUUACUUGGAGGUUAUCCAUCACAUCUCUGUCAGAGAUGUAUGACAGACGUCUCUGACAGACAUGUAUCUGUCUCCCUCACUACACUCUGAGCAUCAGCAGGUGGUGACACAGUAGUGUAUCAGCUGUCCCUGGCUACUGGCGUGCCACCCCACAACAUGCCUCGUAACACUCUCUGUGCUCAUGAUCCUUUAUGUUGGCAAAUGGCGCAGAACUCUGCCGGGAUGGCCAGCCACUGGUCCAUGUGGUGCCGGGUGGGUUCCCAUGAACAUUUGUGGUCUAGGAAGGCUCUGUGCAUGGGUGUCACAGAUGGCUGAUGCUGUUGGCUGAGGUAUUUCCUUCCACCCCAUGUGGCCUUUCCCCAGAGCUCCGAGGAUUCCUCAUCACGCCUCAUGAGAUCAAAGAAGGUGAGAAUGGAAACUGCAAGGACCUUUCAUGGACUUGCCUGGGGAGUGACCCAGGGAUACUUACGUAGCGUGUCGCUGGUCAAAGCAAAUCACUAAACUAGCUGAGAAUCAAGAGGCGGGGAAUGGUCUCUCCCUUUGACGGAAGGAGCUGCAAAGAAUUUAUGGCUACUUUUAAUGCACCAAGAGUAGGUACUCACCAUUCAUGGAAUAAAGGACCAAGGAGCUACCUAGUUACUGAAAGGCUCUGCUUUCCAGAUGCAAAUCAUUGACCAAACACUGGGUAGAAGUUCGUUACUAGGUUGUGAAUAGAGCCCAGUGCCUAAUGAAAACUUCAAAGUUGGAAAAUCCUAAACUAAUGGUGCCACAUGGAGCCAUGGAGAGCACGGUGUCCUGUCCUCAUUUUACUGAUGAGCACAGCUCAGUUGGAACAUUCCGGUGGCACACCCGAGCUCAUGAGGCUUGCUAGGGAGAGAUCCUGGGUUAGACGCUAGUCUUCUGCUUUCUAAUGACAUGUCCUUUACAAGAUAGCUUUCUGUAGCAAACACAAAUGUGGUGAAAAUAGGCCUUUGGCUCUGGGGUGUUCAUAAAACACAAGGAGUGCUACCUGUGAAGGUGAAAGAUUACAUUUUAAUUAACUCAGGCCAUAGAUUGUGAAAUCAUAUCAUUAAAAAAUAAGUAUCUUCUGUGAUAUUUUAACAGGCAAAUUGCUUUAAAAUUUAGGAACUCCACUUCUAAAUGAAACCUCAAGAAUUAUCCUAAAUGAACAGUAAGCAAUACUCCUAAGAGCUUUUCUUUCGCACGCGCAUUUGUGUGUGUGUGUGUGCACACGUGCACCCACGCACACGCGUAUCGUGUGUGUAGCUUCACUCACCGAGGUCCCUGAAAUGGCUUUCGUUGUUCCCCGAGAAAACAUUUUGGAUUUUUCAGGAGUUUGUGUCGUGUGUUCGUGUUAGUGUGACGGAGGUGGAAAUCUUUGGUUUCUUCAUUAGUGUGGUAUAUGCUACCAGUGCAAGUUUGAAAGCCACGUUUGUUACUUCUGCUGUAGAGAGAAAAACGCAGUUGCCUUUUGGGUCAGUCCUAUUGUGUGAUGUUUGACUAUUAAUGUCUGAUGAAUAGUUGCACAAGUUGCUAAGGGGACUAGUUGAGAAAUGGCGGGUAACCGGAAGAAGAUACCCAUAUUUGAGUAGAUGAAAUGCAGUCAGCUUCAUGCCAUCUUAUAAAAGUGACUGCAUUGGGGUGGUAGCAAUUAACAAUUAACAAUUUAAGAAUCAUUGCUUUCAAUAUAUUCAAUUCAAUAUUUCAAUAUUGCUUUCAAUAUAUUUCAAAAUAUAGUAUCACAUUUCCAAAUACUCUUUUCAAAUAUUUGUGAUGAGAGUCAAAUUUCAAGACCUAUUUUCUUUUCUUUCUUUAUUUGACAGAGAGAGCAAAAGAGCACAAGCAGGGGGAGCAGCAAAGGGAGAGGGAGAAGCAGGCUCCCUGCUGAGCAGGGAGCCCCAUGUGGGGCUCGAUCCCAGGACCCUGGGAUCAUAACCUGUGCCGAAGGCAGACACUUAACUGGUUGAGCCACCCAGGCGCCCCCUCAAGACCUAUUUUAAACUGACACUAACUAUUCUUUCCUGUUGAGCAUUAAUCCUGUUUCAUUUUCGUCAGAAGAACUUGGGAACAUUACAGUUUUACCAACUUGUAAGAAUCCGUUGAUAUCACUGAGCAUUGUUUUACUCAUCGAAGGCAGAAUUUCAGGUAUAAUAUGCUUUUCCUCAGUUCAACACCAAAAGGGCAAAUCUGCAGCAUACCAAAAUGAAGUUCAUCGUCAAAGUUAGCAUAUGAUAUUAUCAAAUGCAUUAAUAUAUGUACUUAAUUUAUAUGUUUAUUUUUAAAUUAGGUUGAAAUUUAUGUUUUCCCUUCUUAAGAAUUGUAGCAUAAUACUGAAAAUUAUAAUAUGAGAAUAGAUUGUAUAGUAUGAAAUAAAUGUUAAAUUUUUUAAAGUGGUGACUUUAGGUUUAUAGCUUUUCCUGUCUUUUAGGACAAAUUAGCCGUUUUUUUAUCCUAAGAAAGGGUUGCAUUAUAAAGUUGCUCUACUACUAAGCGAUCAGAGAAAACACAUGGGAUUCAUAUCUAAUUCUCUAAUGUAGCCAAAAGUGCCAUUUGUAACACUACUUAAUGAUGGAUGUUUUCUGACGCUCUUUUGCCUGAAAAAAAAAAAAGUGCAUUAAAAAGCUUUUUCUGUACUGUC